AUGCCUACGGUCCAGAUCACACCCACCUCCGACGAGCUCCUCCAACGUGUCGCCGACACUGUGGGCAAGACAAGACGAAUGGUUAUCGUUACCGGUGCCGGCAUCAGCACCAGCUCUGGUAUACCUGAUUUUCAGUCUGAGAAUGGGCUAUAUUCACUCAUCCAGCAGCAAUUCGAGCGCGCAAAAGCCAGUGGGAGGACAGAGCCCGAAGAUGAGACCGCCGAAUUCAGUAUUGGCGACAGUCCCGCCAAGCGUAGGAGAAUCUCGCAGCCAGACCUCCGUGAAUUACCUUCAAAGAUGCCGAUACCAAAUCCCCGUACGUCGAAUGUCCAGAACCUCCAACAAGAGUCCAGCAUGCCGGCGGCGGGGUCGCCCAUAGACAUCGAAGCCCCUCCCUUGCCCCGUCAGGACCAAACAACCGAGAUUCCAGCCGCCGCCACGCCGGCUCAAUCAUCGCGACGGCUCACAAGGUCGCAGAUGGUAUCACUACCGCCAUCAUUACCGACGCGUCUUGUCGAGCAGUCCACACAGUCGUCGCCUCGUCAGGAGUCUGUAUUUUCCGCCCUACAUGACUCCAGCGCGUCCUCGCAAACCGGAGUCUCUCCCAGAUGCUCGGAUUCAGGCCCUCGUGGCUCUCCGACUCGGGCGAGCACGCCAAAGGUGGUCCCCCACGGCGAGAACUUCACCUCUUCCCCUCUCUCCUCGCCACCACCUGUUCUCUUUGAUCCAUAUGACAAUGCCAACACCACGACCGAUAGCAGCUCUGAGGGGAGUUCCGCCUGUUCUGAAACAUCAGACUCCGACUAUACGCAUCAGUCGUUCGAAUUCAUCUCUUCUCAAACAUCGAAUUCCAAUUUGCGCAACAUGAAAGGCCGGGACUUGUUCGACUGCAACAUAUGGGCUGACCCACUGAAGACGGCCGUCUUCUAUCAAUUUGCCACGUCGCUAAGGCAAAAGGCAAAAGACGUCGAGCCAACCACGACCCACCGUUUCAUUGCCCGGAUGCGAGACGUGGGAAAGCUUGCGAGGGUCUAUACGCAGAAUAUCGAUGAGAUCGAGAAGAAGAUUGGCCUAUCGACGGAUCUCCGACAUGGCGCGGGUAACAAAAGGAGAAAAUCUGCCAAGCAGCAACUGGCUGGUCCAGAUAAGGAUGCCAAAGGGAGCACGGAAGCACCCAAUGGAGACGACGAUGACGUGGUAGAUACUGCCCAAGCCGCACAGGAUUCUGAGGAUGCUAUCCGAAACAAGUUGCGAUCAAGUCCCAUCCACGACAAGGGUGUUGAAUGCGUGUUCCUGCACGGAUCACUGCACGCUCUUCGAUGUUUCGCGUGCGGAAAACGGUGCAAUUGGGACCAAGAUGGUCGUGAAUUACGGACCAUGUCAGGCCAACAGCCCGAGUGCCCUCACUGCGCCGGUGCCACCGCUGCUCGCCAGGAAAAGGGAAAGAGAGCGCUGGGAGUUGGCAAACUUCGCCCUGACAUUGUCCUCUACGGGGAGGAUAACCCCCAGAACGACCUCAUAUCCCGGAUUUGGAAACAUGAUGUCUCUGCGGGGCCAGAUUUGCUACUGAUACUCGGCACCAGUCUCCGAGUGCAUGGGUUGAAAGCCAUGGUCAAGGACUUUGCUAAAUCGGUCCAUAGCAGAGGUGGCAAAGUCGUCUUCGUCAACUUGACAAAACCGUCCGAGAGUGCCUGGGGAGAUGUCAUUGACUACUGGAUCGAAUGGGAUUGCGAUGCUUGGGUCCAGGACUUGCAGGGGCGUAAACCCCGUCUCUGGCUAUCCUCUGACGAAAUCCAGGAACUCGAUAAGCAGAAACGCGACGCACUGGCUGAAAAGAAGAGGGAGAGCUUGAAGAAGCGGAAAGACCUUCUGGAGAAGAGACGGCACACCAUUGAAGUCAGCAAGUCGCGACCACCACCAAAGAACCCAUCGGCCAUGAGGAAUGACUAUGGGUGUGGUGCCUAUGUUAUUUGGGAUAUAUUCCAGGCCCUUGCUGUGAUAGGCAACCGUCCGUUCGACAAUUUGGGAUAUAUACCCUCUCCUAGCCCGGCUCAACUUCCGGCGGUGGCUCCGUCGCCUGCCGUCCGCCCCAAGCCUCAACCUGUGCCGCAACCCGAGUCUGAAGCGGCGCCAGAACUUGUGCCAAUACCGAAGCAAGUUGAGCCAAUUCCCAAGCAACUUGAGCCAACUCCCAAGCUUCCGAAGCAGGCUAAAACAAAGAAACCGAGAAAGUCAGCGACAGCGGCGCUCACGGCUAAGGCUGAUAGCACUAUUCGUCUAUCGAGCAGUUACAGCGGGGUCGCCGAGCAGGAGGUGAGGCCGGCGGUUAAAGCCAAUCUCGUAGCCAAGCAUGUUGGCAAAGACCAGUACGUGAAGGCUGCCAAGGGACUGGAAAGAACUGGGAAACAGUCAACUUCUGCACGGAUGGCGGUGUUGACGCCGCCCCCGGUGUCUUCUGUGCUGCAAGGAAGCUCGAUAACGGCUGCCGUGAAGACGAAUCCGCGCCGGCGAAAGCGGAAGGCGAUGUAUGGUUGUGAAGAUGUAGGACAUACCUUGGCCCUUUCGCGUCCGCGACCCACGCUGCCGCCACAGGAUCAUAGUUAUGUGCCUUCGCCUGAGGCCCAUCAGGCCGGCAAGGGUGAUCAUGCUGAGUCCGUGCUCCUGGUUAUCGGAAAUGUAGGCGAUGACGGUCAGCACCACAGCAAGGAUGAUCAUGCUGAGCAGGAGUCCGUGCCCCUGGCUCUCGGAAAUGUCGGCGAUCACGGCCGGCGCUAUGGCCUGGGUGAAGGAAGCGGCGAUGCCGCCCACGAACCGAGAUACCAGCACUUCCGUGAUGGAGGGCGCUAUGCCGGUAGUGCCCUGGACAAGUUGCCACCGCUCAACUCGAAUUGGGAGCAUUCGCCCCCGAAAAAGAUCGAGCCCUGGGAGUGCCCUGUCGAACCUCCACCUCCUCCCAAAAUCCCCGUAGCUGGCCUGCGCCCGACCCUAGGCUGCGCACGGACUGCGCAGUAUCUUUACGACGGGCGUCAAGUCACACAUCCCAUGGUCUAUAGCGGCAGGCGUCAAGUCACACAUCCCAUGAUUUAUAGCGUCGGGCGUCAAGUCACUCAUCCUAUGAUCUAUAGCGACCCCCUUGUGGGACUGCAAUAUUCCACUAACCAGAGGAUGAUCCCGCACGCCCAGCAGUCGAACCCGAGGGACGACAGCACGCCCAGUCCAUCAGACCAAUUGCACUGGGAAAUACAGAUGGCACAGGGGCGUUUCCCACCGAGUUUCUUGACGCGCCAAAGCGCAUUGUAG